ACGGAGGAAGUAGUUUCCUACACGGACAUAUUUCACUGAAACCACCCAGGUGUCAUCAUACGAUGCUAGCUUUUUGCUCUCUUUACGUAAACUCUGUCAAAUAAUUAAACGGGAAAUUGUACUUUUGCCACCAACGCUUAUCGGAGUUGGUGUUUUCUUCUCAGAGGACGUGUCCAGCUCUGUAGCUGUUUUAAUAGCAGCGGUAUCGUUUGCUGCUCGGUGCUAAUCGUUAGCUAAGUGCUAACAACAGUGACAGCAGCCAACUUUACAUGCGUCUGCAGCUGCUGUCAUUUCACGUUGCUGUGGAUCAACAGGAAUCACUGACAGCCAUUUCCAGCAGACAUCAUGGAGCUCCAGGCGGUGUUGAUGGCGGCUGGUGGAGGUUCUCGUAUGACCGAUCUGACAUACAACACCCCCAAACCAAUGCUCCCUGUGGGCAACAAGCCCCUCAUGUGGUACCCGCUGAACCUGCUGGAGAGGGUGGGCUUUGAAGAGGUGAUAGUAAUCACCACCAAAGAGGUUCAGAAGAUGAUGAGCACAGACCCUAAAAUUAAGCAAGACGUGAAGAUGAAGCUCGAUUGGGUAUGCAUUCAGGAAGAUGGAGACAUGGGCACCGCAGACGCCCUCAGACACAUCCAUUCGAAGAUCAAGACCCCCCUCUGUAUCCUGCCUGCUGAUCCCUCCAUCCCUCCCUUCAUCCGAUGCUCUCUAAACAGAUGA